AUGCGAGCAUUGGUAGCUGUUAAAAGAGUGAUCGAUUAUGCGAUAAAAAUAAGAGUAAAACCUGACAAAACAGGUGUGAUCAAAGAAAAUGUGCAGCAUUCGAUGAAUCCUUUCGACGAGAUUGCCUUAGAAGAAGCGGUUCGCUUGAAAGAAAAGCAAAUUCUUAAAGAAGUUGUAGCUGUAUCACUUGGACCUUUCAAAUCACAGGAAACGCUGCGCACGGCAUUAGCGAAAGGUGCGGAUAGAGCCAUACAUGUUGAGGUGGAAGAAGUCAUGGCUGAAAAGAUUGAACCGUUGCUUGCUGCCAAAAUACUAAAAAGAAUAGCUGAAGCUGAAAAACCAGAUCUUAUAUUCCUUGGGAAGCAAGCAAUCGACGAUGAUUGCGGACAGACAGCUCAGCUUCUUGCUGGUCUAUUAAAUUGGCCUCAAGCGAUGUAUGCUAGCGUAAUUGAACAAGAAAGUGAUAAGACAUUCAUUGUUACACGAGAAGUAGAUGGAGGUCGAGAGUCGAUACGAAUCAAGAUACCAGCUGUGAUAAGUGCUGAUCUAAGGUUGAACGAACCCAGAUAUGCUACACUACCAAAUAUCAUGAAAGCAAAAAAUAAACUUUUAGAAAAGAAAAAACCUUCCGAUUAUGGGAUUGAGAUUGCUCAACAAACACAGAUUCUUGAGGUUAUGGAACCUCUAGUACGAAAAUCUGGUGGUUUCGUUAAAGAUAUACCAUCACUUAUUGUGAAACUGAAGGAGGUGGGCGUUGUGUGA